AUUGUUUCGUAGAAUGUCAAUCUCGGGGAAACAAAUUUUGAAAGUUGGACGAUAUUAACGGCGUGCUACAUAUGAACAGAAGACGUGCUCACGUGAGCUAAUGAUCUGAAUUAUUCAGUUACAUAAUUUACGGUAAUACCUGAGCUUUGAUAGCAUCUUUUAUAUAAAUUUCCGAUGUCAUUCAUUAUGACAAUGCUCUUUUUAAUUUCAUUUCUUCCUGAAAUAGCAUACGUUCGCAUUAAAAUCAAUGAUCUGCGGCGCAACCCUCCUCCCCGAAUCAAUACGACUUUGAAACGAUAUAUAUGACUGCGAUUACGACGCGCGGGGACCUUAGAGACUCGCGUGUCCACUAGUGUGCAGCUAUUCUAACUUUAGAAACGGUCUGUCCGAGUGUAUCACCACCAUAUUACAUUUCGUACGCUAAAAUUCGACCUGAAAUUAGUGCUGCGUACGGUGCUGCGAACUCAAACUUGGAGCUACUUCCGAAUGACAAUGCUGCUUUAACACGUUUAAUUUUAACAGCUGUAUUUACACUCAUUGUAAUACAACAUUGAUGAGAAUCUAGUAUGCAUUCUGUACGGUUGCUGUCAGGAUAUGAUAUGCCCACAGUGGGACUGGGAACAUGGCAGGAGAGUAAAACAACUGUUCCUCCAGGCUAAACCAGAAGAGAUCGAAACUGUUGUGAGCACUGCUUUACAAUGUGGUUACAGACAUAUUGAUACAGCGGCGAAUUAUAAUAAUGAAGAUGCAAUCGGCAGAGCUUUGAAAAAAUGGUUUGACAAAGGUGGUACUAGAGAAGAACUUUUUAUCACGACGAAGUUACCCCAUUUCGGCAAUCGACCAUCCGAUGUAGAAAAGUUUAUUAAAUUGUCAUUAAAGAAGCUUGGAUUAGAGUAUUUAGACAUGUACCUCAUUCACAUGCCUUUUGCAUUUAAGUUAGAUGAGAAUACAUGCACUGCAGCGACAAAUAAAGAUGGAAGUUACAUAUUUGAUUUUAAUACAGACCCUGUCUCGGUGUGGAAAGAGAUGGAGAAGCAAGUUGAAUUAGGACGGACCAGAUCUAUAGGUUUAAGCAACUUUAACGAACAGCAAAUUUCGACCAUUUGGGAAAACGCACAAAUUAAGCCGAGUAAUUUGCAGGUAGAGUUACACGCGUACAUGCAGCAGACGUCAAUUCGAGAAUUAUGCAAGAAACACAAUGUCGUCGUGACCGGUUACAGUCCAUUAGGCUCUCCAGCUGCAAAGACACAUUUCAAAACAAAAUAUGACUACACUUCAGAAUCAUUUCCUGAUUUGCUGAAUCAUCCAAUUAUUCAAAAUAUUGCUGCACAACAUAAAAAGACGGUGGCACAGGUUUUAUUGCGUCAUUUACUACAACUAGGAGUUGUAAUUAUCCCUAAGAGUUCAUCUCCAGAGAGAAUCAAGUCGAAUAUCGAUUUAUUCAAUUUUGCCUUAACAGAGGAGAAUAUGAAAAUCUUGAGUACCUUAGAUAAAGGUGCUAAAGGAAGAAUUUUUAAUUUCUUAUUUUUUAAAGGAAUUCAAGAUCAUCCACAUUAUCCAUUUAAAAACGAACUUCCAUAAUCAUAAAUUAACGUGCAAAUUGUUAGUUUGUAUCAAAAUAGUUGAGAAAGAAUUACAUAACUUACCACAUACGAGCACAACGAUACAAAGUAUGUAAUUAUACAUUGGAGAAAUUUCUGUUAUACAUCAGUGCAAUCUGUACAACAUUUUACGUUGCAAACGAUGCUGAAGUUCACCGCGGCGUAUCAUCGUAUGUAUAACUUUGUAAAUGGCGCGUUCCGGGAAUGACUGCUUGAGAAAAUCUUUCACUAUAUUUUGUUCAGAGACUUGAUGUCCAAUAGGAAAUCUGUUCUUCAAUUGCUUUUCAAUGCGGGAUAGAAUUUCAUGAUCUUCUUCCGAGUAGACCUGCUAGUGAUCCAGACAUCGCGGCUUCUAAUGUAGAUACUUGGAAGAGUCUUAAAGCCUCAUUAAUGUGAAGUUCAGUAGCGAAAGGUUGUAAUUGCAUUUUGGCCAAAGCUUCGGAGAUUCGUAUAACAGCUUCAAGCUGCCGGACUGUUAUAGGUAUCGACAAUCGUUUUUCAGAAUCUUUCUCAUGUUCUCUCGUACCAGCUCGCAUCAUUACGUAACGAUUUUUUAAUUUCUCCCCUGCUUCUACACUAAGUCUUGGACCGCAACGCCUAUGUUAUAAAAGAAAUAAUGUAAAAAAAAAUGUGUUAUAUUUUAUAAGAUGUAUACGUUAUGUGCGAUAAAAUACGGCAAACUUACGUUCUACAAUAGUUGAUAUACUUUCUGAGAAUAUGUACAGGAAUUUCACCCUCGACCGAUUGUUCUGUGAUCUGCCCAGCGUUACAGUGAAUAUUCAUAACGUGUUUAGCUAGAGUUACAUCCCUGUUGUGUUCAUGCUCAUCUUUAACAAUAAAUAUCAUAUCGAAACGUGA